UGUGUACUGUGGAGAAGGGAUAGGUAUAUGUUUAUCUAUCUAUCAAGGUAUUAACAAGGUAUUGGACCGGUGUUAGUGAACUCUUCUUGCAGCUGACUUUAAGCCAACAUGUCUUCUGGAGUAGCAGUUAGUGACGAAUGCAAAACCCAUUUUGAGGCAGUUAAGAAGGAUAAAAAGUACAGAUAUGUCGUCUUCUUUAUCAAGGAUGAGAAGACUAUUCAAGUGGAGUCUCUUGGAGAGAGAGAUGCUAAGUAUGAAGAUUUCUUGACUGAUCUACAGAAAGCUGGAGACAGUGAGUGCAGGUAUGGUCUGUAUGAUUUCGAGUAUGAGCAUCAAUGCCAGGGAACUACUGAGUCCAGCAAGAAGCAGAAACUGUUCCUCAUGUCCUGGUGCCCUGACAGUGCCAAGAUCAAGAAGAAAAUGUUGUACUCUUCUUCCUUCGAUGCUCUCAAGAAGUCUCUUGUUGGUGUACAGAAGUAUAUACAGGCUACUGACAGCAGCGAAGCUUCCGAGGAGAGUGUUGAAAAGCAGCUUCGCUCCACUGACAGGAUGUAAGCUGCUUCCUGCCGCAGCUGCUCCUGCCUCUAUCUCUGUGACAGCUUCUUGCAGCUCUUCGCCUCGACCAAGAAUUGGCAUCAAGAGUCCGUUUUUACCAAAUGUUCUUCCGGGAAAUUUCAUUGCUCGUUAUUGUAUUAACCUUCAUUGAUAAUUAUUUUAACUAUUCACUAUUAAACCAGUCCCAAGAAAUCCGCAAAUUCAGAAAACGGAACAAGAUUUUGCGGAUUUCUCAACUUUUCACAUAGCAUUUAAUUUGAUUUUGCAUUUAUCAUUUUGGAAUAGAAUUGCUUAUUUUCUAAUAAAUAUAUCUUUUUAA